CCGCGCGAGGCAGGGUGACACAUUGGAGGCGGUAACCCUGGGCCGGGGUUCUCCCUCACUGUGUGGCAGCGAUUAUGUUUAGCUUAAGGAGCAAAGGCUGCCUGGAUAUCGCAGGGUUUGAUAUUUGGUUUUACCAGGCAUCUGGGGGGCGGAGGAGGAGGAGGGUGACCUGAUAUCCAAAGGCACUCCCAGGUGUGGCGGAAAACGUCUUCCGGGAAGUUGGCCUGUUAGUCCUUUAUUUGAAGAUGGGAAGGCAGUUGCUACUCAGGAGGCGGCCCCAGGACCUUUGUGUGUUCCACCAUGGCUCUUUGCACGCCUUUCUCUAUCAAAGUUUUAGGUACACACAGUGGGAGGACAGCUCCACAGAGAGUCCUCUCAGACCUGUCCUCAAACCUCUCCCCUCGGUUUCUUCCUCCCGUGCAUUAGCAGUUAUAAUGUAGUUUUCUUUACUGCAGUAGUCAGUGUUCAUAGAAUUAUGACUGUGUAGAAGCUAAUCACAGCAGAGCCAUGUGGUGAUCUGUAGGUCAUCUCUCUUUUAUGCACAGUUCCCCUCCCCCCACCCUUUUGGAGGAAUUGUCUGAUGCUUUCAUUUGCUUAGGUUCUUUCUGUCACCAUCUCUAUCCCAGACUCUGCCUGUCCGGAUCUUCCGAACGCAUUCAGACCAGCACGGAAUGUAUCUUCUCAGAGGGGUCACUCCUUGCAUAGGCUGUCAGUGCCCCUGGCACUUAGCAUUUUUCUUGACUCCCAGCUCCCUGCACCUGUGACUAUUCUUGGGCUUUCUCUGGUCACUGGAGGCCACUGGAUUUGCACACGGGGCAGGUCGGAAGAGGCAGGGAAUCCUUGAACCCCGGAAUUGGCUUUUAACCCAUGAUUGGUGAAAGUUAGUGGAUAAACCCCCCUUGCCUCACCCCUCCCUAGGAUGACUCUGACUACGUGCCCUGAACCGUCUCCUAGGAUUCCCCAGUGGGGUUAGGCUGCAGCUGACCAGUGCUCAGCUGCUUGAUAAUGCCCCCGUGUUGGUGUCUUUCCCUUCCCUUUCUGACCCCCGUACUUCCUACCAGUGCAUCGUGUUGUCACGUCUCCAGUUAAUUCCUGCACUUGCAUCUUUAUCUGAGGGCCUGCCUAGGGAGAACCAAAAUACUCAAGCUUUUGGACCUGCUGUUGCCUGUGCGUGUAAGUGACUGUCAUCUUGGGGUCUCCUUCAGCACAGGUCACCUCUUAGCCAGUGUAGACAGAGCUGGGGUAGCAGCUUAGCUAAUGAAGAAAAAAUUAAAGAAGAUUUUUGGAGCUGAAGCAGAGGGGGACCUGACACAAAUGCGUCCUGUUUAUUGCUUUACCGUGUUCUACGUAAUGUACCAAUCCAUGCAGUAUACCUUUUGUGAACAGGAAUUAUUACAGUUGGUCCAUUUUCUCUUUUUCAAAAUAUAAAUUGCAUGUUUAUCUCAGAAUAAGAGUAAUACCCACUCAGCACACACACACACAAAAAAAAAAAAAAUGAAGAAAGUGGCAAUCACAUGGAAUUCCAACAUACAGGAAUAAGCACGGUAAACCUUUGUUCUGUAUUCUUAAUAUUUUCUUCUGUAGACACAUACAUACUUCACAUUUUUAAAAAAACCAUAAUGAACAAAUACUGUAUAUUUCUGCUGUUACUUAAUCUGCUUUUUUCCAUAUAUUAUUUUCAUAUGCUGUGGUCUACUUUCCAUGCUAAUAAAUGUAAGUAGUGGUAUUUGUAAGGCUGCAUGGUGCCCUUGUGUAUUUACAUGGUGCCAUAAGUUAGCAUUCCUUCACUUAUCAACGUUUAAGGUGUUAUCAGUGUUUUGCCAUUAUAGAGAAUGCUGCAGUGGUCAUCCUAUUUCAUGCAUCUUUCUGUUGUUGUCAGGUUAUUUACUGAGGGUGAAUUCCUAGUCAUAGAAUUCCUGGGUGCCGUGGUGGGCACGUCGAUAUUGCCCGUCAGAAGAAGAGUACCAGCCUACACAUCCACCGGCGCCACUUGCUUGCACUGGACAGACUCUUCAGUGACUUUCCUAAAGCAGUAGUUACUGAGGGCAGACCUGGGGUCAGAACUUCCUCACUUUGUUUGCUACGCUGUUCUCUUAUCAGCCACAUGCUCACUGGCUCACUCCGGCUGGAAUCUGUAUGGAUUGCUGUUCAGGUUCCAGAAGGCCAGGGGUCGGAAAAACAACACUGAUCCAGAAAGCCAGCGAGGUGUUAAAGUCCUCUGGGGUGCCCGUGGAUGGAUUUUAUACAGAAGAAGUCAGACAGGGAGGGAGAAGGAUAGGAUUCGAUGUCGUCACGCUGUCUGGCACUCGAGGGCCUUUGUCCAGAGUUGGGUCGGAGCCACCACCCGGAAAACGUGAGUGCCGGGUCGGGCAGUACGUGGUGGACGUGCCCUCCUUUGAGCAGCUGGCACUUCCCGUCUUGAGGAACGCAGAUGCCAGCAGCGGCCCGGGGUGGAGAGUGUGUGUGGUCGAUGAGAUUGGGAAGAUGGAGCUCUUCAGCCAGCCCUUCAUCCACGCUGUUCGUCACACACUGUCCACGCCUGGGACUGUGGUCCUCGGCACGAUCCCCGUCCCUAAAGGGAAGCUGCUGGCCCUCGUGGAGGAAAUCAGAAGCAGAAGUGACGUGCAGUUGUUCCACGUCACCAAGGAAAACAGAAACCACCUCCUGCCAGACAUCGUGACGUGUGUGCAGAGCGGCAGGCAGUGACACUGUGUGUCUCCCCAGCAGGGAGCCCCGUCUGGGGGGAGGAGGGAGGGGAUGGCUGCCCAGCUUUUAUGUUUUCAGGUUUAUGAAACCUCGUGGG